AUGACGACGGGCAAUGAAUCAACAUUUAGGACUUAUCAGGCAGCCCUAGAGGAGGAUUGGACAUUCUUCAAACAAAAGUCUUCUACUUUGCCACUUCCUCUAACGGCCGCUAGGGACACUGCAUUUCACUUGGCAGUUUGCAGCAAUAGCAAAAAGUGGCUUGACCUUUUACUUCAUAUUGCCGAAAAUGACCCUAUGACAAUGUCUACAGUUUGGAACAAGAACGAGUACAGAGACACACCUCUUCAUGUGGCUGCUACCAAUGGGAACCUUGAGGCUGUAAAGCUCUUGGUGGAAUAUGAUAAAGACCUCUCUCAUGAUAUUAAUGACAAAGGCGAAAUCCCGCUGUUUAAAGCUGCUGCAUAUGGGACAACAAAAGUGGUGAAGUAUUUGUUGAGAAUAGAAACACAAAGUAAAAGGUACUAA